AUGAAUUCACAAAAAGAAGAAAAUAUUCAUUUAGCUUAUAAAAAAAAAUUACCUUCACAAUUCAUGGAAUUUUGUCAGAAGGAAAGCACAGCUUCGUUGAAAUGCUUAGAUGUCAAUAAUUACGAUAGAACCAAAUGCCAGGAAUAUUUUUCAAUGUAUCGUGAAUCAGACAAUCCUGGCGUAUAUUUUGAUGCUACUUCAAAAUUACUAAUAACAGGACAAUACGACGGUAUAUCUGAAUAUGAUGUUAUAGGUCAAAAAGAAUCGUAUGACGUUUCAACUGCUUCUUUCAUUAUACAAUUAGCAAACAAUAAUACAUAUAAACUCGCUGGUUCUACUUCUACACAAGGAACAAUCAAUGCAUUAUGUAUAUUGCCACGUUCUUCUGAUAACAAUGAUAAUGCAGAUGUAGAUGUAUUUAUAGGCGGUAACUUUACAAGUAUUGGCGGUAUAACUACAAACAACAUAAUCCGUUAUGAUGUUACUACUGAUACUUUUCUUUCGUUAUUGGAUGGUUUGGAUGGGGCUGUUCAUUCAUUGUAUUGUGAUAAAUCAAAUUCGAUUGUUUAUGUUGGUGGUUUGUUUUCUGCUCCGGUAAACCCAACUAAAAAUAAUUACAAUGCUACUGAAUUUGGUAGCGGUGUGGCUAUAUGGAAUAAUGGAACUGGUAUAUGGCAGCCUCUACCAUUCAAAGGGUUUAAUGGCCCUGUUUACACGAUUGCAUCUAAUAAGGAAAAUAAUACUAUAUAUUUUGGUGGAAGCUUUGAUGCUACUGGUGAUGGUCAAUUCGGUGUGUCUACUGGUUCACAGCCCAUAAAUAUGAGAAAUGCUACGAUCUCUGGUGGUAAUAAUGCAGUUGAUUAUACAGUUGGUAAUCCAUCUGCAAUAAUAUGUAGUGCUGAUUUAGACGGCCCCGGUAAUAUAUGGUUAUUAAGAGAUAAUAUUCCUGGUUAUUGGAGAGCUGAAUAUCCAGUAAAGUUAAGUCCCACUUUUAUUGGUUUGAAAAAUACUAAUUUUCAAGGAAGAGGAACAAAAAAGAAAAAUAUGAAUUCACAAAAAGAAGAAAAUAUUCAUUUAGCUUAUAAAAAAAAAUUACCUUCACAAUUCAUGGAAUUUUGUCAGAAGGAAAGCACAGCUUCGUUGAAAUGCUUAGAUGUCAAUAAUUACGAUAGAACCAAAUGCCAGGAAUAUUUUUCAAUGUAUCGUGAAUGUAAAAAACGAUGGUUGGAAGAAAGAAAAGUAUUACGCAGAGAAGGAAAUAUUUAA